AUGGCGCGGAGAAAAAUCUCUAAGCUUCCCGCUUCCACUCCCAUCCGAAUCGGGAAUUGUGAAGUCAUUGUGGAAACAAAAAAAUUCACAUCUGAAUUGAAUGAAAAAAGUCUUCAAAUUUCUCUCUCCAGAAAUGCCAGAAUAAAAAUUUCAGUGGAGGAAGACACGAACAAUAAAAAGGAAAAAAUGGAUUUCCGGGGUCAGGAGGUGGAUCUAAGUGGUCAUUGUUAUUUCGUGCUGGUUAAUCCAAAAGAUUCAGAUGUUCGGACCAAAUCUCUCAUUCAGGAAGUGCUGCAAAUAUACUCAAACGAACUACCAGCAAUGAAUUAUGCUGCUAAUACUGGCAAGCAAUCAAUGUUCCUUGAAAGAUGCAUAUCAAAUGGAAAGUAUUGCACAUUAGCUUUGACUCUGAAGGGUGACGAAGAUUCUGGUAAGGUUAUUGCUGCACUUACUUAUCAAAUAAUUCCGGCUGACACGCAGUAUGCAGAGAUUCCUAUUGCUGCUGUUACUUCAAUCUACCAACAGAAGGGGAUUGGUCAUUUGUUAUACACAGAAUUGAGAAAGAGACUGCAGAGUGUAGGCAUUCACUCUGUAUUCUGUUGGGGAGAUGAAGAGUCCAAAGGAUUUUGGCUAAAACAGGGUUUUGUAGCAAUUGGUGAGGUAGACACAAAAGGUAAAGCUCGCAGACUCCCUAUUAAAGCAGAUAUUCGAAGAGCAUUGUGCUUUCCUGGCGGUUCAACUCUCAUGGUUACUCAUCUUAGCAAGGAUAGUUCACCUAACUCUUCAGAGUAUCUAAGGCUGUCAAUCCCGAUAAAGCCUCCUGGGGAAUUUUGCCCAUCCAAAAUUGUUGAAAACCAAAAGCCAAGAAGUAUUGAAGAUAGCCAUAACUAUCCCAAUGAAGUAAAUAGGAGAGAAUGUUCUCAGAUUGGGAAAUUGGUCACUGAGAGGUUUUCGAUGGACGGUUGCAAACAUGCAGAUCUUGUGCCAACAGUGGGCCACCACAGUACUUGUAAUGGUUCUGGACUAAUUAAAAGUGGAAGUGAAGUUGGUUUGGAGCAAUGCUCUUGCUCGGAGCUGGGAACCAAGAAAAGAUUAUGGGAAGCCUCAUAUACCUCACUGAAGUCAAAAAAAGUCAAGGGUGCUCAUGUAAUUGAUUGUCAGUUGGGUUCUGAUGAUUCUAUUUCAGGCAGGGAUGGAAGAAAUGAUUGUUGUUUUAAUAAUAAUAGUUACUCAGCAAUUUCCAGAGGCAAAUUCUCCACCGACGUUUUUCUGAACAAUAUUUCGACUAAUAGCUGUUUUGAAGAGAAUAAAGAUGGCAAAGCUUGUAAUGUCACUAUUGAAGAUUGUGGUGCACUCGAGGUCCCAUUUAGUGUACAUUCAUUUAGAAUUAUGCUGAUGAAUAUUGCUGACGAUAACAAGAAGUCAAAUCUGACAAAGAUAAUCGGAGACCUUGGUGGAUUUGUUACUUCUGAUGGAAGUGUGAGCACUCAUGUUAUCACUGGAAAAGUGAGAAAAACUUUAAAUUUCUGCACCGCUCUCUGUUCAGGAGCUUGGAUUAUCUCACCAAGUUGGUUAAAAGAAAGUUUCCGGAAAUGCAGAUUUGUUGAUGAAAUGCCCUUCACUUUAAAAGAUGAAGAAUACGAGACUAGGUACAGAACAGAGCUCAAAUGUGCAGUUCUUAGAGCUAAAGCACGUCCCCGGGCAUUGCUUAAAGGUCUUGAUGUAUGUCUUGCAACUCAAGUGCAACCCCCAGUCGCCACUCUGUCGGCCAUUGUUAAGUCUGCUGGAGGAAAUGUUAUUAGAAGAGUGGACAAGGUGAAUGAAGCAACUAAAACUAUCUUUAUAGCAAGUGAAGAGGACAUGGAGGAAGCUCUAUUGGCUAUAAAGAAAGGGAUUCGGACAUUUAGCAGUGAGUGGCUUAUGAACUGUAUUAUGAGGCAAGAACUUGAUUUGGAGGCCCCUCAAUUUGCAGAAUCCCUUUAA